CUUCACUACUCUGUUCUAAGAGGAAAUUUGAGAGGGCGCAGAAAGUGGAGAAACAAACAACAAUGAUUUCUUCAACUUUGCAAUCUUCCUUUCAGGGCUCAUCUCUUCAUUUAUCUCUCUCCAAUUCCACUUUUCAACAUCCAAAAAAAUUCCAAAUUAAAUCUCAAAACUUAUCUUCAAAUAAUUCUAAUUAUGUUAAUCCUCCUCCUAAUAAACUCUCAAAGCAAGGAAUGCAAAAGUAUUGUGUACCUUUAGCUGUUUCAUUACUACUCUGCUGCUCAAAUCCAAAUCCAGCUCAAGCAGGAUUUCUGUCUGGCUCUACUGGAAUUGAAUCUAUUCCUGGUCCUCAACUGCCUACUAUUGAAUUCCUCGAUCGUUUCAAUGGAGAGAACCAAAAGAAGUAUGCUGAAAAUGAUGAGAGGAUCAAAUCCUCCCCUAUCAUCAAAGAACUACUUGAGCGGUCCAAAAUGAAUAAGGAAAAGAACAAGCAAGAAAUAAUGGACAAGUACUGCUUACGUGGAGCAGAGUGGGGAGUAGGAGAUUGCUCAACAGAAGGGAUGACACCAGAAGAGAGAGAUACUUUCAUAGCAACCUUAAAACAAAAGACUGGCACCAAAUGAUCAUUCUUCUGCUUAAUUCUUUUUAAUUAGCUAGCCAUGUAGUAUUACUCAACCUUACUUGAACAGGAUCUGUUCUAUUGUAAAACACUUUGAUCUAUUUUUCGUUCCUCUUGUUCCAUGGAUCUUAAA